CGUCACCUCCGUCACACCGCUGCCUCAGAGAAACACACGGAGGAAACUGUGCAGUUGUACUUGUGGCUGUCGGCUGCAGUUAUGGACCACAUUAAAGAUGGCUGGUUCACGGAGCUGUGCACGCUAUGGCCGGGCCAGGCGAUGAGCCUGCAGGUGGAGGAGGUGCUCUACCACAAGAAGUCCACGUUUCAAGAUGUCAUGGUUUUCAAGAGUAAAACCUACGGUAACGUCUUGGUGCUGGAUGGUGUGAUUCAGUGCACAGAGAGAGAUGAGUUUGCCUAUCAGGAGAUGAUUGCCAACCUCCCGCUGUGCAGCCAUCCUUGCCCUAAGAAGGUUCUGAUUAUUGGCGGCGGCGAUGGCGGCGUGCUGAGAGAAGUGGUGAAGAAUCCACUGGUGGAAUCGGUGGUGCUGUGUGAGAUAGACGAGGACGUCAUUAACGUUUCAAAGAAGUUCCUCCCGGGGAUGGCCAAAGGGUUUUUCAACCCCAAGCUCACCCUUCAUGUUGGAGAUGGCUUUGAGUUCAUGAAGCAGAACCAGGAUGCCUUCGAUGUCAUUAUAACUGAUUCCUCAGAUCCAGUCGGCCCAGCUGAGAGUUUGUUCAAGGAGUCUUACUAUCAGCUGAUGAAGGCAGCAUUGAGAAAUGGUGGAAUUCUUUGCUCCCAGGGAGAGUGUCAGUGGCUCCAUUUGGAGCUGAUAAAGGAGAUGCAGACCUUCUGCAAGACCCUGUUCCCUGUGGUGGACUAUGCCUACAGCACCAUACCAACUUAUCCCAGUGGCCAAAUUGGAUUCAUGCUCUGCAGUAAAAAUCCUGAAACUAAUUUCAAGAAACCAGUGAAAGCUCUGGUAAAAGAAGAAAUGGAAAAUAUGAACCUUAAAUAUUACAACCCUGAGAUUCACAAAGCAUCAUUCGUCCUCCCGGAGUUUGCAAGAAAGGUACUCUGUGAAGCGUGACCAGCAGUGACAGACCACCAUGUUCAACCUCUACCUGACCCUCAGACGACAGAGAAACACCCUUUUUCUACGGCCUCUCCACCUCCUCAACACAGCUCAACUGAAGCGGCCUCCUAAAAGAUUUUGUGCGGUGGCGUCUCAUAAUCAGUGGGUGGAAACUUGUUGAUUUCUACAGACAAAGUGUUAGUUUGUUCCCCUUCCUUCCAGCUCGCUCUCCGUGUUUAUUUAUUUUCCUCAUGUAUUUGAAUAUAAAUUUUUACUCUAAUUGUCGUAUCAACGUUUUGUGAAGAGCUUUUUGAUGGGCGGGGCUAAGUGGAAAGAACAGUGUCAUCACACCUGACCUCACUCUGAAACAUUGUAUUGUUUAUUGGAUUCACUGCACAUAUGUUAUGCAAUAUAUUACAUACCAUGGAGAGUAUGUACAUGUAAUGCAUUUUUAUUUGUAAUGCUAGAUAUCAUCUUGUGCUUAUAGGAAAAUACAGUGGCCAUUUUUUCUACUUUAUAUUCAGAAUAAUGUGACCUCUACACACGAUUGAUCCAUUGUAUUAGUUCUUUUCAUGGUCAGAAUCCAUCGUUAUUCAUUUAUGAGUUUGACACAAAGAAAUCAAUUACUUUCUGGUGGUUGACAGAUUUCGAUUUUUGAUAUUCAAUUUUUCUGUUUUUUGCAACAAGUACAUUUGGUUGAUGGCUGCACCCGAUGUACUUUAAUGAAUGAGCUUAAAUAUCUACAACUAACAGUACUUUUAAAAAUCGGGCUUAAUUCACAGCACACAGUGUAAUUCCUUGCGUGUGUGUAUCUUGGGGAAGGAACAUGGACUCUUUAAGAUUCCUUCAGUGACAUAGUACAUCUCUCAUGUGUUAAUCUAUCGAAUUGUACACCCUACCAAAUGAACUGUUAAUAGUCACGUUACUUAGUGAAACAAAAUACAGCCCGUCUCUUAUAAACAGGGUCAUUUUUUUAAUGUGACAUUUUCCCAAAAAACUAGAAGAUUGCUUUUAUUGAUGCUCUAACUCGUAUUCAUUUCGUCAAAUCAGAUACGGCCAUCACUCAAGUGUAUUUGGUGCUAGUUAAGUUAUGAACUCCGUAACCUCCUGCUCGCACAAAUCAACAACUCUCUGCAGCGGAUGUAUUAUUUCUGACCCUAGCAUAAAUUGGAUAAUUAAAAACAAGCCAUUAUUAGGUGUUAUAGUGAACCUCCUAAAUUAAUAAACUAACAAACAGCUUUUAGUUUGUCAUUUGGGAUUCUAGAUUUAAUGUGAAAAGAAUGAAUGAUCCUCAGCUUAUCAUUCUUCCAGUGCCUGAAAUGGUAGUUGUUAACUGAAUUGUGUUUCUCCUUGUGUCUAUGGCAGUGUUCCAGGCAGAUAAUGACAUUGAUGAUUUUUCAUCUAGACGAAAGUGCAAAUGUCAUGAGUUGAGAAAAUGGUCUCUAAAAUGUCAUGAACUUCAAAUGAGGUAAAUGUAAUUGAUGCUCUUUGACCAUCAAUUGAAUAUGGAAUACUGUAAUGUUGGUAAAAGAAAAUGAAAUAUGGUGUUGGAGCUUUGCAAUGCAAGAAAUACCUUUUUUAAAGGUGACUCAUUAUGCAAUGAUAACUUGCAGUAUUGGGUGUUGACCACUGAUGGUAAGCCUGUAAACUGAUGUGUUUCACUGCAGGAUGCUGUUCAUUUGUCUCAAUGGAAAUCUCAUGUCUCCGUGUGGUUUAUUUGUUUGUUGAGCUAAUGUCAAACACUUAAUAUCUGUUACUUUUAAUUCCACGAGGAAUGAGAAGCGGGGUCGUACCUGAGCAAUGAGUCUGUGUUUUUAUAAAAAUUAUCAACUGUAAUAAAUUGAACAUAAAAUGGU